ACUAUAUAUGUAAAAAAAUACAAUUGAUUCGAUAUAUAUUUUCUAUCCAGCCAAAUUAUUAGGCUCCUAUAUCAGUGAUGGCAAUUUAGCUGUAAGUCCUUUUAGAUUCUCUCUAUACUUAUUGUCCACAAAUGUUACAGUUUGGUUUCCUCCUUCCUGGUCUCUAAGCCUUUCAUUUCUAUUUCCUGUCUAACUAGCUAAAACCAUUAGCAUAACAAGGAAGGCAAUAGAUGGCAACUUGUACCCAGAUAUUUUUAUAUGGUUUUGCUCUGAAAGAAAAAGCUUUUGAUGUUUCACUGUCAAUUAUAAUUAGUGUGGAAUUUUAUGGAAUCCAAUUAAAGAUAUCCCUUUUUGUUUCUAGUUUGCUCUAAAAAAAAUUCAGUGAAUGUGAAUUUUAGCAAAUGCUUGGGCAGUUUUUCCUUUUGUUUUUACUUCGUGUGAACAAUAAUGCUUCUCUGUGAUCAGUUAAUUGCUACAGCAACUAAUUUUCAAAUGCAGGGGUAACCACACAUUCCUAGGAUAAACUCAACUUUAUAUACGUCAACUUCAUGAUGUAGCUUUUUGUUAAUUGAUGUGAUUUGAUGUGUUCAAAAGUAGUAUUGCUCUAUUAAUGCUCCUUUGCCAUAUGGUAUGGCUGUUGACUGGACAUUUAAUUUGGAUAGAGACUGCAUCUUCUGACAUAGUAAGGUUUUAUCUUCUUUUCUCCCUGACAAAUGAUAUUUAUAAAGCACAAAUUUCUAGUGUCGCACAUGGACACAUAUUUUCUGUGUGGGAAAAAAUAAAAUAUGACCAUUUUAAUCAUACUACAUUAAAAAAUUCUUUCUAGGGAGAGAGAACAUGAGGCCAAGUGCAAACAAGGAUUUGAAAAAUGUGACAUGUCAAUAGAUAAAGAUUAUUAUUUUCAUUGGAUUUCGUAUUAAAGAUAUGUUAAUCCCAUAAAAGAAAUGGGCUCACUAACUGCAGAAGUCAUGUGCCAGUCUUUGGCUAUUUUGAUUAUGGAAAGUUCAUAAUUCAUGAGUUCAGAACCUCUGCUCAGACACCAGUAGCUUCCUGUCUAGACUCUCCCUGUUCCUUCAGUUUGGGCCUGAAGAGAACUCCUGCUCAGGCAGUUCUCAGGCUUUUCCCUUGUUGGGUCAUUUUAAAAGCCGCAUUCCUGGUUGUUUUCAGUGGGAAGGUUGACAUGAAAUCUUUGGUCACUGGUAUAAAAUGCUGGGUGCACACCUUUAUUUACAUAACUGGGUGUAUAACUUUCAUAACUCUUUUUUUUCUGUGUAUACAGGCUUUUUAUCCUUUUUUUUAAAUCCAGAUAACAUUUCUAAAGCAAAACAAAAUGUUGAGACAUCACUGAAAUUAAAGUAUCCCAAACACAAAGGUAACAGUGCUGGGGUGUUCUCUGAUACAAACAGAGAGCAUGGAUUAGGAUGGGAUUAAGCUCCACAGCUCUCAAAAUAAGUGGAAAACCAUAUGAGGUGAGAGAGGAUGCUUAACCUCCAAAUCUCGUUCAAGUUAGCCUAUCACGCUUCAUAGAUUAGAAAGUGUGCCUGUCAGCGGCUGUUAUGCAGAAGUGAUACAGGAUUAUGGUGGUCUGCUGUGUACACUGAGUCUGAUAGAUAUUUUCAGUGGGUUUAAUAAUCCAUUGUGUGACUCUGCAGUGAUCUCUUGUGCCCCCCCUUCAGUAUUUGACCCCACCUCUUCUGGAUGUACAUGUAACACAAUUAUAAACAUGACUCCUUUUUAAACUAUUACCCCUGAGGCUAAGAAUGGAAACUAGUUGACUGGUCUCUUCCACCCAAUAAUAUAAAUCCUAAAUAUUUCCCAGCAAAGGCCAGACAGCUCUCAGCAAGUCAACCUGCUGGGCCUCUGCAGUGUGUGGGGGCUCCCAGAGAACACAAAGACCUUUGCCAGAAUUGGCAAAAAGUCUUCAAUUGAGUCAUGAUUCCACUGAGAGUGGGUUGGGACUCAGGUGACCCAAGAAAGUCAGUAUCAGAGGCUUGAUCCGCAACCUCAGGAGAGUGGCCAUUCUCUCCACCUUGACAACUUCGAGAAAGAAGUGGGAGCAGUAAGGAUGAAGGCAGGCGGGAUUCAUUCCUCUUUUUCCCUCUUGGACUUUUUCCUGUUGUCUUUCUUUGCCCAUACCUCCCUCCACACAACUUCGUUUAUUCACCCUCGUCCUUGGACAUUACUAAAUACUUGUGAAUAAAGACUGCAGAAGGGGGUGGUUUUAGCUCAGGUGGUAGAGUGAUUAUCUAUACCAGCACCUCACAAACCUGACAUGGCAGUGAACUCCAGCAGUCCCAGAACUCGGGAGAAGCAGGAGUAUCGGAAGUCCAAGGCCAUCCUCAACCAUGUAGCCAUGUUGAAGCUAUCCUGGGCUAUGUAAGAUUCUCUCUCUCUCUCUCUCUCUCUCUCUCUCUCUCUCUCUCUCUCUCUCUCUGAAUGAGUGUGUGUGUGUGUGAACUGACAUUCUUUGAAUGUCAAUUGAUGCUCUAACCCAUAAGGAGAGGGAGCAAAGGAGGUAGCCACCAGUUUCCCUGAAUUAUUGAGUAUACAGUAGACUUGGGACACAUUGUUCAAAGACCUCACUCUUUCCUUGGUUCCUUUACUGUCAGCACUAACACAAUCUGUGGGAUGCCACAUUAGCUUGGCUGACUCUCUCUUCUCCUAGAUCACUGGCAGUUGGUGUGCAAACCUCCUGGGAAGCCUUGGGUGAUGAAACCUGUCACACAAGCAGGCAAGUGGGACCGUGGCUUCCCAGCGCCCCCUUCCUUCCUCUCCAGAGGGGAUAAAAGUCUGGCAGGGAGAAUUACAAGCACAGACCGACUAAGCAACAAACGGUUCUGGAAAGAUGCGGCCACUUCUGCUCCUGCUGGUCUUUAUGCUACUCCGAGGAGAUGAGGCAGGAAAGAUCAUUGGAGGCCGAGAAGCCAGGCCCCACUCCCACCCCUACAUGGCCUUUCUUCUGAUCCAGAGUCCAGGAGGGCUGAGUGCUUGUGGGGGGUUCCUGGUGCGAGAAGAUUUCGUCAUGACAGCCGCUCACUGCUUGGGAAGCUCCAUAAACGUCACCCUGGGGGCCCACAACAUCCAGAGGCAAGAAAGGACCCAACAGCACAUCGCUGUGCUCAGAGCCAUCCCUCAUCCUGAUUACGAUCCGGAGAUCUUCCACAAUGAUAUCAUGCUGCUGCAGCUGAGGAGUAGAGUCCGGAGGAGUCGAGCCGUGAAGCCCGUGGCUCUGCCUAUGGCCAGCAACCGAAUUCGGCCUGGGGAUUUGUGCACAGUGGCUGGCUGGGGCCGGGUCAGCCAGAGCCGGGGAACAAAUGUACUCCAGGAGGUGCAGCUAAGAAUACAGAGAGACCAAAAGUGCAGUGAACGCUUCAUCUCUUACAACAGCCAGACGCAGAUCUGCGUGGGAAACCCACGAGAAAGGAAGUCUGCCUUCUUGGGGGACUCUGGUGGCCCUCUGGUAUGUAACAAUGUGGUCCAGGGCAUCGUCUCCUAUGGAGACAGUAAUGGCAUCCCUCCAGCUGUGUUCACCAAGAUCCAGAGCUUCCUUCCCUGGAUAAAGAGGACAAUGAGGCGCCUUGCACCCCGGACAUCAGCGACCUACUGACUCCCUGUCUGGGGCACAGACCAGCUCCAGGGGAUUUCCAUAGCCUUGAUGAAUGUCAUAUGGAGAGUGUAAACUUUGUUUAUUAAAUAUCAUUUAGUAGUGUCUUAA